AUGCGUGCUUCCGUCCUCCUCUCCGCCGUCGUCCUGGCCAUCCCGGCCUUGGCACAGACCACCACCACCACCACCUCUUCGUCUUCGACGACGACGUCUACCCCGUCCUCGACGACGACGUCUACCUCGACCUCUUUGUCCUCGUCCUCGUCCGCUUCGAGCAUGAAUACGACGUCGAGUUCAUCUUCGACGACAGCCAGCGCGAGCCAAACGUACAACUCGACGACGACGCAUUCGUCAAGAAGCUACACAACAACCUGGACGACCCACGUGGGCAACUCGACCCGCCAUCACCACCCUCACGGGACCGGCAGGUGCACGUACUAUCCCGGCACCGGCGCCUCGUGCCCCUCGGGUUGGCCCACUCCGACGGGUAACUCGACUCAUCCCCACAAAACUGGUCAUCAUCACAAGCCGACCGGGACCUCCGGCGGCGGAGGCAACGGCGGCAACGGAGGCAACGGCGGCAACGGCGGCAACGGAGGCAACGGAGGCAACGGAGGCUCCGGCAGUGGCUCCGGAGGCAACGGAGGCAACGGCGGCAACGGAGGCAACGGCGGCAACGGAGGCAACGGAGGCAACGGCAGUGGUGGCUCCGGCGGCGGCGGCGGCGGCGGCGGUGGUGGUGGUGGUGGUGGUGGUGGUGGUGGCAGCGGCAGUGGCAGUGGCAGCGGCAGCGGUAGCGGCGGUUCCGGCGGCUCAGGCGGCUCAGGCGGCUCCGGCAGCGGCAGCGGCUCCGGCAGCGGCAGCGGUUCCGGCUCUGGCAGCGGCUCUAACCCGCUCAUCGCCGGCGCACCGUCGUCCCAUCCCACGCAGAGCCUGCUGCUCGGCGUCGCCGUCGCCGUCGCCAUGGUGGCCCUGCAGCUGUGA